AUGAUAAUGAUGGACUUCUACUUCUGGAUGCAUAUGCCUUUCGUUCUGGUUCUCCUGGCUGCUUUAGCGUUUCAUGUAACAUAUUUGAGACAGUACCUCAGGAGUAAAGAUUUCCGAAAUCAGUUCAAUAACCUUUGUUGCUUUCGCUCAAUGACUUGCUGUGUUUGCCUGACGGCAGCCCUCUAUAGCUAUAUUGAACCUUUCUAUUUUGAUCAAAUCAUCAAAGACAUAACGGUUCAGAUAAUAUACACAUCUUCCCGGUAUUUCGUAUAUUCAGAAGUUCUUUUCGCACUGAACCGAGUCAUAGCCAUCAUAUUUUGGAACUAUUAUGACAGAAUAUUUUCUGAAAGAUAUCAACUUUUCUUGGGCUUAGGACCCAUGUUUCCAGCUGUUAUAGAGAAGAUAUUGAAACUGACUGUCACAAGGUGCAUUAUGAACAUUCUACCUAAUAUGACCUAUGAUUAUGUUGAGAACAAACGAUUUUGUCGUAGAUAUGACACUUAUUCUUCUCUUUAUUUGGUUAUUCCGAUAAUAGCCAUCACAACUGCUUUGAACCUUUGGACCUUAGUUUGGGUUCUUAAGUUCUGGAAAAAUAAAGCAACAUCACCGAAUGUAUCAGUUAUGCGCACGAAUAUAAGAAUGUAUUCAUACAGCUUUUGUCAGGGAAUUAUAUCACUUGCCCUUGUUUUUCAUUGGCUCUUCCUGUUAUGGUAUCCUCAGCAUGUGUUAUCAAAAGCAUUAGCUCUAUUACCAGCUGUUGAAAUCAGAACGUUCAUUGAAGGUUUCUUCUUGGUGUUUCUGAAUUGGAAAGCGAUCCGGACCACUCUCUCACAGGACUACAGCUGUUUACGCUCUCUACGAACUGUUGGUUCUGGAAGUGACACAAGGAUUUAA